GCGUUAGACACUCGAUAACCGCCAUCGAACCAGAACACACCAAGUGUAUCGUCUAAGUAUAUUUUGGGUUUUUGUUAUUCAGUAGCACCACUUGAAAAUGUUGUCUAAGGUGAUCAUCGGUUCUUGCGUGCUGUUGUACGUCACCCUGCAAGUCGUCCAGUGUUACCCACAAGGAUACGGACAUCACGACGAAGACGAACAUGUGGAUUACUACGCUCAUCCCAAGUACUCGUACAAAUACGGAGUGCAAGACCCGCACACGGGCGACUACAAAACUGCCCACGAGUACAGAGACGGAGACGUCGUCAAAGGUUCGUACUCAGUACAUGACCCCGACGGCACCUUGAGAACCGUUGAAUACACCGCCGACAAAGAGAACGGUUUCAACGCCGUCGUGCACAAGACCGGCCACUCCAACCAUCCCGAUCACUAUGAACAUUACUGAUCGAAGGGAAUGUAUUUAAAUAGCAAAGUGAAUUUGCUAAUCGAAUAAUACAGUCUACGGAGGCCAAACUAAUAUCUAUUUUAAAAGGACACGGAAGAGCUGAAAUACCAAUCUAGUCCUUAUAUUACCUUGUUUAACAUAUUCUUAUAUUAUAUUUUAAACUUAUUAUGUUGUAUCUACAAUUUAUGCUACUAUUUUAUAUAUCAAAUAAUAUAUCUUAUGUAUCAUAAGAUUUUGCGUAUUAUAUUACAUUAUGCAUAUAAUAUUAUAUUGCGUUACAUUAUAAUAACAUAUAAGUACUAAACAUGUUUUGAUGUAGAGAAAUGUUGUGGUUUAUUUGGUUUGUUCUUAUAAAAGUCUUGUUAUAAUAUGUAUAUUACCAUAAAUAUAUGACGUUUAUUUUUCUAUA